AAUGAAACAUAGGGAACGGAAAGCUGAAAAAGCGUCUUUCUUCAUUUGUGAAAUUAUGCACCAGACAGCUCAUUUCAACACGCAGCAUGUGUACUGAGGUGGUUAAACAGGCUUUUGUGUGAUAUGGAAGAUUCUGUACGGAUCGGCAGAGUGAAAGAGAAACCAUCCAGUGUCCAGUGAUGGAGGCGAUGUAUGAAGAGACAGAGCUGAAGGUGAUUGAGGAGGUAGAGAGCUGUUACAAUGUAGUGGAUCUUCCUUCAGCAAAGAAGAAGAGAAGGAGCAGAAGCAGCACAGAACAUGCAGAGAAACCCAAACGACCCAGGUCUGGUUACCUGCUGUACUACUUUGAUGUGCAUCAGAGUUUGCAGCAAGAACAUCCUGACAUGCCGCAGUCUGAGAUCAACAAGCGCAUCAGUGACAGCUGGAAGAGGCUCAACGUCGCUGAUAAGGCGUAUUAUCUGGAGAGGGCCAAGAUGGAAAAAGACGGCUUGGACCUUAGCAUCCAGUCAGCUGUGUCAUCACAAGACGUUCCCGGCUUUCGCAAAAUUCGACCAAGAACUGACUACAUCCUCCUCCCGAAGACCUCAGCCCAAGAGAAAAGACCUCAAGCCUCUGUGGAUGAUUGUAUAGAAAGUGGGGCUGAUCCUCUCAAGCAGGAUGCUCCUCAGGAACCCCUGACUCUGGGCAGUGAGGUGGAGCUGGUGGAGCAAUGUGUCGCCAAAGAUCAUAUGGUGAAAGGCACAGUUGUGUCAUUAAAUAGAUCUGCAGCUCUUCAGGGAGUUAACUCUUCAGCUGGAAGACUUCUGAUGUUUCCACAUGGUUCUCACUCCACCAUCUUGAAAUCAGAGGAUAGGUGUGCCAGUGGGACAGUGAUGCCACAGGUCAAAGCAGAAACCACUCAUAUGGUCACCAUCAUACCCAAUCAUGAUCUGGUGAGAAACAAGGUACUUCCUGCAACCAGUCCAAUAAUGAUGCUCCCUCUGAUGAACCGAGUGAAACCAGACCCUAAACCCUCAUUCAAACUGUCCAUAAAGUACACAAGAAGAGGCAGAGGCAGUUGCAGCACUCCCGGAUGCUCUUUCACCUACGUAACUCGACAUAAACCGCCUACCUGUCCUGACUGUGGGCAGCACCUCGGUGGAAAGUGGGUUCCAUCUGCAUCUAAAGGAGCAGGACCUGGUUCCAGUCCAUCCCCACGAAAACUGAAAGGCCAGGCUAAUAAUUCUACUCUUACUGCGGCAUCAACCGGAGAGGAUAAAGCUAUUCAGGGUGUUAGAAACAAAGUUGACAAAACUGUGGGUCAGACUAAAAUUCAGGACAAGCGUUCAGCCUCACCAGCCAGUGCCCCAAAAGCUUUACCCCAAAAUGAAGAAACGACUGGUGUGGUGACAGAAUGUCAACCAGCGGAUGGCGCCAGCGUUCCGAAUUCAGUCGGAUCUUUAUGUUCUGAUUCAACGGCUGUAAUGUGUGGUGGGAUAGUUCGUGUUGUUAGUAAACACAAGAGCAUCGCUAUAAAUCAGAAUCGGCGAGUUCGGGCCAUUCUCCCUGCCCCUGUCACCCCGGCUAUUUCUUCGCCAUCUGCUGUUGUUCAGUGGAUAGCAGUGCCACCAAAUAAAAUUAAUAGAGACAUCGGAGUCUCAAGAAUUGUUAAGCACCCCACUGAAAAGAUUUUGGCCUUGAAACCCAGCACACUGAAGCAGCUUGGGCAUUCUGUGACAUCCAGUGCCAUAGUGCAGAAAUCGACUUCACUUAACAGCAGCCCAUGCGUAGUGACAGACAGCGGAGUGAAGAUCCUCUCCAUGGUGCCUUUAAAGCAAAACACUGGCCUUUCACUGGCUCUAGGUUUGUCCACGGCACGAGGGAGGGGCAGAUGUAAAAACCCUUCCUGUGAUUACGUCUAUAAAAACAGACACAAGCCACCGUACUGCCCAAACUGUGGCUGUGAACUUUCCUCCAAAACGGUCAAGAAAACCAAAGUCCGGGCAUCUUCUGAGCCAGACAGUUUAUUAACAGUCCUACUGGACCCAUCACAACCAUUGACUCCUGGCCAGAGAGAACUCCAGCGCCAGUCCACUGUGACACUGCUCAAGCACAGUCUCCAGUACCCCGAGAACGAGGCCGAGCUCCAGGACGUCCUCACGCUCAUUGACAGUCUUAACCAUGUACACAGUGAGAGGGAUACAGACAAAGUUGGAAUGAAGGAGGAGGAUGGGGUGUCCCCACAGAACGCUUGGCCGAGCUUCUAUGAGCCAACUGCUACCCAUUGUGGCCUGUGCCACCAUUUGCUCUACAGAGGAGGAGAAGGUUGUUCAGGAGGGCAGCAGCAGUGUUGGUUACUAACUGAGUCUGUGCUACAGCCGGUUACCCUGCAGUUGAAGGUGUGUCUGAAUAUGCAGUGCCUUGCUCUCCACAGCUUCACCAGCCUGCACCCAGGUCUGUUUAAUGUGGGGAACCAGCUGUUGGUGAGUCUGGAUUUGUUCUUCAGUAUCCGGAGCCAGAUCAAACAGGACUGGGACCCUGCACUUGCAGCCCUCGAUAUAAUCAACAACGCACACAGACCACCCGGUUAUGUGUUGAGUCAGGAGGAGCUGACUCAUGUACAGGAAUUGUUGUGCAGUGGCUUCUGGGCAUUUGAAUGUCUGACUGUGCGUGACUAUAACGACAUGAUCUGUGGCGUGUGUGGCAUCGCUCCCAAACUGGAGAUUGCACAACGUAGCACAAACAGCGUCCUGCAGCUCAAAAACGUGGAGUUCACAUGGCCGGAGUUCCAGGCCUCGGAUGAAGUGCAGGUGGAGGAGUUUUGGCUGGCGAUGGAGAGCGAGGCUCUGGAGCAGUGCGCCUUCCCGUCUAACAUCUCCAUUACACGUUUCGAUGCCUCCAUCAUCGCUCCUUUCUUUCCUCCACUUAUGAGAAGCGCUAUGGUUGUUAACACAGAGAAGGAUAAGAUCACCACUGACAUGCCCCAUACAGGAGAUGUUUCCAUGCUGGUGCGUUUAAUACAUAAUGGUCAGCUAAGACCGGAUCAGAUGUACCAGCACACUGAGGAAGAACUGCGGUUCAUACUUGAACAAUGUGGUGUACCUGCAGCACCAGACAGUAGCAAGGAUGAGCUGAUGGUAUCUGUGUGUUUGCUCUACACACAUGUACAAAAUGGCUUUUCAACAGCAUCGCAACCUCCCCAACAUCUAACUGCAGGAAAACUCAGCAAGCUCUGUCCUCACCAGGUGGUCUGUGGCUCUAAGUACCUGGUGCGUGGUGAGACUGCCCGAGACCAUGUGGACCUGCUGGUGUCCUCUCGUUUUUGGCCACCCGUGUAUGUAGCAGACUGUGCUCAGAAGGUGGCACUGUGUGCAGAAGCUCUCUACCCUGAGCUGGCAGCCCAGAUGUGGGGAAGGAAUCAAGGCUGUUUCUCUGAUAUUACAGCUGCUCCAGAGUAUGUCUCUUGUCCUGAGCUCCAAGAUCAGCAGUACAGCAUUGACCUCUCCACUGUACACUCCAAUUCCCAUUUGCACCCUCAAACCAAGUCCGCCUCACGCUAUAUAGUGCAUCCCGGUGACCCCUCCCCACCCACUGCAUCAGAUCGACACCGCUCCAUGAUGCUCUGUAAGGAGCUGCAGCCUCACUCCGGUCAUGUCUCGUCUAUAUGUAGCUCCUCGGGAGCGAACGACUCAGAGGAGGAAGAUGACAGGAGGACGCUCGUGUUCAAUAACGCAGCACACUACUACCUCUACAGCCGACUGGUGGACUUCCUGAGCAGCAGAGAUGUGGUGAGCCAGCAGAUGGCAGACGUGCUGGGGGAGUGCCAACAGGGCGAGGUGGUGAUGAUUCGAGAUACGCUGUACAGACUUGGAGUGGCUCAACUCAACAGAGAAGAAGAACAGGAGGGAUGCAGGGAAGAAGGAGAAGCGGACACGGACGCUGUCGCUGCGGACGAUAUGGCAUUAGAAUGAUGGAAGAAGAGAGACAGACAACAGACACUGUGAGACUUUUAAUAACUGAAUGAACAAAAGUAUUGAGACUCUACUGAUGGUGCAUAUAGAUUAUAAUAAACCAUAAAUGUAUUUA